AAAAAUUCCUGAACAUCUGUUUCGUUUUUUAUUAUUGCCGAUAUUUUGCAAUUUUGCGAUAAAUAAAUCCAAUUAAAUUUUUUAUAAAUAUCAUUUAUCACAAACUGUAUGUCAAUAUGUUAAAAACAAGUUGCAACAUGACAAAAAGUAGUUUGGGAAUUUUUGUUAACCCUUUGCGAACUAUGUGUACGCAACAACAUUGGUUUAAGCCGGCUGGUAUAGAUACCGGCAUACGCAUUUAUAACUGUGCUGCCAGGCGUCAAGUUCCUCUAAUAUUGCCUAAUGAAAACUUUUUGACCUGGUACACUUGUGGUCCCACAGUAUAUGAUUCUUCUCAUUUAGGUCAUGCCAGUUGCUAUGUAAAGUUAGAUAUUAUACAAAGAAUACUUCGGCAGCAUUUUAAUUUUAAUAUCGUAAGUGCCAUGAAUAUAACUGAUAUCGAUGAUAAAAUUAUAAGAAAGAGUCAGGAAGAUGGCAAAGAUUGGAGAGAAAUAUCGCGCUUUUAUGAAACAGAAUUUUGGUCAGAUUUGCGAAAACUUAACGUUAUAGAGCCAAAUAUUAAAAUGCGAGUUACGGAUCAUAUUCCCAAAAUUACAAAUUACAUAGCUGAUAUUGUACAAAAGAAAUGCGCUUAUGUGGGUAAAGAUUCGUCAGUUUAUUUUGAUGUUAAACAAUUUCCCAUAUAUGGCAAAUUGCAGAACUUGAAUUUAAAUGAAGAUGAGGCCUUGCAGUCAGAAAACAAAAAUUCACCUUUUGAUUUUGCGUUAUGGAAAGCACGUAAAUCGGAUUCUGAACCUAGUUGGGCAUCGCCUUGGGGUCCUGGAAGGCCCGGUUGGCAUAUUGAGUGCAGCACCUUGGCUAAUAUGAUUUUUGGGAAAUGUAUUGAUAUCCAUGCAGGAGGUAUGGACCUCCGAUUUCCACAUCAUGAAAAUGAAGAAGCUCAAAGCUGUGUAUAUCACAAUACUCGCCAGUGGGUAAACUAUUGGUUGCAUACUGGACAUCUAAAUAUUAAAGGAGACGCCGAAAAAAUGUCCAAAUCUUUGAAAAAUACUAUAUCCGUAGAUGAAAUGUUAAAGGAGUUUAGCGCUGAUGAUUUUCGCAUGGCUUGUGCCCUGUCAAAUUAUAGAAAUUCAAUGGAUUACAGCAAAGAAUUAAUGGAAACUGCUAAAAAUACCUUAAGCAAAUUCAAAACAUUCAAAUCUGACUGUUUAGCCUACUUAAGUGGCAAGAAAGUUGGUUCAAAUUUAAAUGCGAACACAAUAAUACAAAAUCUGCACUAUGCCAAAUCAAAUAUAGACACAUGUAUCAGAGAUGAUUUUGAUACUUCCCGUUCAAUUAGCAUACUCUUAGAUCAAAUCUCAGGCGUUAGUCGUUGCAUUAAUACAAAUGCGACAAAUCCUAUAGAAAAUGAAUCAUCUUGUUUAGAUGCUAUUGCUGCUGUUAAUAAUUAUGUGGAUUAUAUUUUGCAAUCAUUUGGAUUUACAUUUGCUGAAUUGAAAUCGAAUCAAAGAAUGGAUAAUACAGACAAAUUGGAUAUGAAUAUAUUACUUGAAGAUAUUUUGAAUACGCGUGAAAACAUACGCAAGAAUGCAGUGAAGGGGAAAAAUAAGGAAUUAUUUCAAGUAUGUGAUGAUUUAAGGAAAUGUUUGCGCCAACAUGGCAUUGAAAUACGUGAUCACUCUCAAGGUAGUUCAUGGAAUUUUAUAGAAAAUAAGAAUUAAUGUUAUUAAAUUUUAAAAAUGUUUUUAUUAGUUAAGAUAAAUAAUAAUACCUAAGAUUGAUUGUUUAUUUAAUUAAAUUAUUCGAGUUUAAAUAAAAAAGAAGCAUAAGUUGA